GUGCAACAGUGUAGUGGUGGAGUGGUGCGGUAAUCGCUGAGCCAGUCUGUGCGCUAAAAUUGGUAGCUACAAAUGAACUUUGUUUGUGCAGCAUAUGUGUACAUUUAACAAAGUCGUUGUUCAAGCGCCCACUUCAUUUUGUCCUUUGGAUAGUUUUACAAAAUAUUUACAUUUGUAUUUUGCGAAACCAAGGACCACAGUACUGGAAGGACUUUACUGACCUCAAGAUGUCAAUUCUGCCUUUUACUCCCCCCAUUGUGAAAAGGCUUUUGGGUUGGAAAAAAGGCGAACAGAACGGACAAGAGGAGAAAUGGUGUGAAAAAGCUGUGAAAAGCCUGGUGAAGAAGUUGAAGAAAACAGGGCAACUGGAUGAAUUGGAAAAAGCCAUCACGACACAGAAUAUCAACACGAAAUGUAUUACUAUACCAAGGUCUCUGGAUGGACGGUUACAGGUGUCCCACAGGAAGGGCCUCCCGCACGUCAUCUACUGCCGCCUGUGGCGCUGGCCGGACCUGCAGUCCCACCACGAGCUGCGGGCCGUGGAGCUCUGUGAGUACGCCUUCCACACCAAGAAGGAUGAGGUGUGUGUCAACCCCUACCACUACCAGAGGGUGGAGACGCCAGGUACAGACAACAGUCCCCUUUCAUUAAAAACCACCAGAG